GCAUCCAGAAAGUGUUGGCUGCAAACUAGCUGCAAUAAAGGACGCUACUUCCAACUUCCCAGACGCCACUGGAACACGGACGGUACUUCCAAGAAGCCCACUUCGAAAACUCUCCCAAUUCACUGGUUCUUGCCUGCAUCGUUGCAUUCAGGCUCUAUUCUUGUUUACUGGGUCGCCCAGCAUUUUCUUGGGCUGGUUGGGGGCUACUUUCCAUGGCGUUGGAGGCAGACGGGGAUGUCGGGCAGCGGAAAUCGCCGUCUGCUGAGGCCGCGGCGCCCUCGACCCCAGCGGAAUUUAGGGGCUCUCAGGGACCGGUUCUUCAUACGAUAUUGGCGCUUGUGUUGUGGUUGGGUUCGGUUCAUUUCAACGUUGUGGUCGUCCUCGUUUCCUUCAUCUUCCUCCCGUUUCAGAAAGCACUCGGAGUUAUCGGAUUGCUUCUGAUACUGAUGGUGAUUCCAAUUGAUGAGAGGAGCAAAUUGGGUCGGAAGUUAUCCAGGUAUAUAUGUAAGCACGCGGUUGGUUAUUUCCCCGUGAAUUUGUAUGUGGAGGACAUCAAAGCUUUUGAUCCUAAUGAGGCCUAUGUUUUUGGUUAUGAACCGCAUUCAGUUUGGCCUAUUGGAGUUGUUGCACUUGCUGACCAUACAGGUUUCAUGCCUCUCCCGAAAAUGAAAGUUCUUGCGAGUACUGCUGUGUUCUACACUCCACUCCUCAGACAUGUGUGGUCGUGGUUGGGACUUGCACCAGCCACAAGGAAAAAUUUUACUUCCCUUCUGCUGUCUGGUUAUAGCUGUAUCAUAGUGCCAGGGGGAGUUCAGGAGGCCUUCUAUAUGGAGCGUGGCUCUGAGAUUGCGUUUCUUCAAAAAAGAAAGGGAUUUGUACGUAUUGCUAUCGAGACGGGCAAACCGCUGGUUCCUGUUUUCUGCUUCGGUCAGUCUGAUGUGUACAAGUGGUGGAAGCCUAGCUGGAAACUUUACAGGGAAUUCGCUCGAGCUAUAAAAUUUGCACCAAUCGUUUUCUGGGGUGUACUAGGUUCACCUCUACCUUUUAGGCGUCCGCUACAUGUGGUAGUUGGUCGACCGAUUCUGCUCAAAAAAAAUCCGCAACCAACUGAGGAAGAGGUUGCCGAGGUCCAUUCCCAGUUUGUCGAAGGACUUGAAGGUCUGUUUGAAAGGCACAAAACGAGGGUCGGCUGCACUGACGUACAGCUUAGAAUCCUGUAGUAGUAUCAGAUUCUUCUAUUAGUCAUUUAUUGUUGUACAUGUAAUGAUACUAUGUAAUAUUUGAGGUGCUUAGCACCUAUCCUAGUGUUCUUUAGUACUCAAAGCUUCAUGAUCCCUUGUAAGCAGUUGGACAAUAAUUUUCAAUAUAUCAAACAUUACAAGAGUCAUCAAAAGAUGAUGACCAUUUGAGAAA